CCCUUUUCUCCAUUCCUGCCCUUCUUCUUUGCUUCGAUUUCCUUGUUUGGAUAGAGGGUGUUGUUGCGCUUGACUCAGUUGCCCUUAUCCUUGUACAAUAUUCCUUUUCUUUUCUUUUCCUUUCUUUUCUUUUCCUUUUUUUAAAUCCCCUUCCUUUCUCCCUUCCAAUAUACUUCUCAAAAAUUUUCCCUUGCUCCGUUCCCCGGAGAGUUAUUAGCUUGAUCUUCCUGACUCAAUUCACAUUCGAUUAAUCCGACAUCAUGGCGCAAACCAAUGGAGAUAUGGAGCACCAGAAAGAGUCUCCGGAACAGAUUACCAACGGAACCAACCCUGAGGGAUCCCAGGAAGACGAUAAUGCCGGUGGCCUUUUCCAGAUCUCCGUGAAGCUUCCUCAUGAACCCUACAAGAUCCAGGUCAUGGUCUCUAGCCAAGAGCAAGUCCAGGAUGUCCGCCAGUCCAUUGUCGAAUUGCCCAGCACAUUCCAGUACACCUGCUUCCACCUGGAGUUCAACGGCAGCCGCAUCAAUGAUUUCGUUGAACUAUCCGAGGUUCCCGGUCUUCAGGCCGAUUCCGAGAUUGUCCUGGUUGAGGAUCCAUACACCGAGAAGGAUGCCCGCAUGCAUGUCGUUCGCAUGAGGGAGCUUUUGGGAGCCGCCGGCGACAGGGUCGAUAACCUGCACGGUGUUAGCGCUGGCCUGUCGCUACAUGACUCCAUUGCUGCGGAGGUGACCGGUGACAAUGCAGAGAAGGAGCACUCAUUGUCCAAGUAUGACAUCUCGGGCUCUUCCUCUCUGAAAACUAUCCUCCCCAAGGCCGAGGCUCCCGCUCCUAAGACGCUGAAAUCUAUCUCCCUCUCCCCUUGGAAUCCCCCUCCCUAUCACCUCCGCCAGAAGGGCCACCUGCUCUACCUCCAGGUGAUUACCAAUGAGGGAGAACAAUUCCAAAUCACCUCUCACGUGUCCGGAUUCUACGUGAACAAGUGCUCGAAUGGCAAGUUCGAUCCUUCCCCCAAGACCAUCCCGAAGAACGGCAACGCGCAUUCGCUUCUCAAUCUGAUCUCCCAACUGUCGACUUCUUUCGACUCUUCUUUCGAGGCUCUGCAGGAGUCCAACAACCAGAAAGACCUCCUUACUACUUUCCCCUUCCAGAAUUCUAUCCCGUCCAGCCCCUGGCUUGUCCCCCCUCCGUCCUCCAGUGUCAAUGCUCACCAGCCGGAUAUUACCCGAUCACAGGAGAAUUACCUGAUCGCCGGUGUGGAUAAUGCGGAAACCUUGCGUGACUGGAACGAGGAGUUCCAGACUACCAAGGAGCUGCCUCGCGAGACUGUUCAAGAUCGCGUGUUCCGCGAACGCCUGACAUCCAAGUUGUUUGCCGAUUACAACGAGGCUGCUGCCCGUGGUGCUGUUUUGGUUGCCCGGGGAGAAGUUGCGCCCCUCAACCCCACCGAGGGCCAGGAUGCCCAGAUCUUCGUCUACAACAACAUCUUCUACUCUUUCGGUGCCGAUGGUGUUGGAACCUUUGCCUCUGAGGGUGGGGAUGAGGCCGCGCGUGUGGCCGUUGGCAAGGAUGUUCUGGGCAUCAAGGCUGUUAACCAGCUUGACAUCAAUGGCCUCUUUACUCCAGGAACCGUCGUCGUUGACUACCUGGGCAAGCGUAUUGUUGGCCAGAGUAUCGUGCCUGGUAUCUUCAAGCAGCGGGAGCCAGGAGAGCACCAAAUCGACUAUGGUGGUGUUGAAGGCAAGGACGUGGUGGCCACUCACCCUGAUUUCGCUCCGGUCUUCGAGAAGCUGUCCAAGGCCCUCCGAAUCAAGAAGCACGCCGUCUGGGAUAAGGAAGGCAAGCGCCAUGAUCUCGAGGGCAGUGUCGAGACCAAGGGUCUUCUGGGAACCGAUGGCAGGAAGUAUGUCCUCGAUCUCUACCGUGUGACUCCGCUCGAUGUCGCUUGGCAAGAGGAGGACGGCAGUGAUGCCUAUCCUCACCAUAUGUCCGUGCUGAGACUGGAAUUGGUUGAGUCAUAUUGGAGGCACAAGAUGAGCCAGUAUGUGAAGGAGGAAGUGGAGCGCCGUCGCAGCGCCAAGGCCCAGGAGGCUGCCGAGCAGGAGAAGUCUUCGGACGCCACUGAAUCAAAGGAGCAGGGCUCCGACGAGAAGAGUGAGGAGGCUUCGGAACAGGAGCGGGUCGAUAUUUCCGGAUUCACUCUGGCUCUCAACCCUGACGUCUGCAGUGGCCAGGUUCCCCAGACGGACGAGGAGAAGGAGCAGUGGGCUAAUGAUGAGAAGGAGGUUCGCGAUGCGUGCGAUUUCCUUCGCGCUAAGGUCAUGCCGGAGUUGGUCCAGGAUUUGCACGAUGGCGAUGUUGGCUUCCCCAUGGAUGGCCAGUCUCUUAGCCAGCUCCUGCACAAGCGUGGUAUCAACAUCCGCUACCUCGGCAAGCUGGCCACGUUGGCGAAGGAGAAGGGUGCUCGUCUGGACGCCCUUUCGACCCUGUUGGUCCAGGAAAUGAUUGCCCGUGCCUUCAAGCACAUUGCUAACCAGUACCUGCGUAAUAACGUCCCUGCGCCUUUCGCUGCGUCUUGCGUUGCUCACUUGUUGAACUGCCUCCUCGGAGCUGACGUGAAUGCUGCCCCUCGCGCCGAGAUCGAUGCAUCUCUCCGCGCAAUUUACCCAGAGGGCGACUUCUCGUUUGAGAAGGUCACCCCUUCAGCCCUCCGCGCCGAAAUUGAGAAGCAGGUUACCCUCAGGUACCGCUUUGCUUUGGAGUCCGAAUGGUCCAGCUCUUUGAGACACAUCCAGCUUCUUCGCGAUAUCUCGAUCAAACUGGGUCUCCAGCUCGGCGCCCGCGAUUUUGCUUUUACCAAGGCCGAGGCUGAGGCGCUCAGCAAGGCUGCCCCUGUCACCAACAGCGUCAAUGGCAACGGACAUGAUGAUGGCAAGAAGAAAAAGAAGAAGAACAGCGACUCUAACUCCCCGGCCCGUGCUCCCGUUCAGGAGAAAGCUGUCGUCAGCUUUGUCGCCGAUGACAUCGUCAACAUGGUUCCCCUGGUCAAGGACGCUUCUCCACGGAGCUCGCUCGCCGAGGAGGCCUUGGAAGCCGGUCGUAUUUCUUUGAUGCAGAAUCAGAAGCAGCUGGGCCAGGAGCUCAUUCUGGAAUCUCUGUCUCUGCAUGAACAGAUUUACGGCAUCCUCCACCCCGAGGUUGCCAAGCUGUAUCACCAGCUGUCUAUGCUGUACUACCAGACGGACGAGAAAGACGCAGCUGUGGAGCUGGCUCGCAAGGCCGUUAUUGUCACCGAGCGCACCCUUGGCGUCGACUCCGCCGAUACCAUUCUGAGCUAUCUCAACCUCAGUCUUUUCGAGCACGCUUCCGGCAACACCAAGACUGCCCUGGCUUAUAUCAAACACGCUAUGGACCUGUGGAAGAUUAUCUAUGGUUCCAACCACCCUGACUCGAUCACCACUAUGAACAACGCCGCCGUGAUGCUCCAGCACCUGAAGCAGUACUCUGAUUCUAGGCAAUGGUUCGAGGCAUCCUUGACUGUGUGCGAGUCGCUCUUUGGCAAGCAGUCGAUCAACACAGCCACAAUUCUGUUCCAGCUGGCGCAAGCGCUGGCCCUGGACCAGGACUCUAAGGGCGCUGUGUCCAAGAUGCGCGAUGCCUACAACAUCUUCCUCAACCAGCUGGGCCCCAAUGACCGGAAUACCAAGGAGGCUGAAACCUGGUUGGAGCAGCUCACUCAGAAUGCUGUGUCCAUUGCUAAGCAUGCUAAGGAUAUCCAGGCCCGCCGCCUGCGUCGCAUCAACAUGAACACCCGGUCUCUGGGCACCAAGGUUCAGCCUCAGGUUGGCCAGGCUGCAGCUGAGGUUGCCAUACCCAAGGAAGUCACCAAUGGCUCUCUGGACUCCAGGAGCAUUGAUGAAUUACUGAAGUUCAUUGAAGGUGGUGAUACUAGCUCUUCGCGGUCAAAGCAGAAGAAACGUGCCGCCGCUAGCAACCCUAAGCUUCGUGGCACCAAGAAGUCGUCUGCAUAAACCUCUUCUUCUUUUCCCUCCUAUCUCUUAUUAAUCACUUGGGUUGGAAUAAUAAUAAAAAAAAACACUUCUUGUGGUUCUUUUCUUUUUCUUUUCCUUUCUUUCUUUCUUUUUUUUUUUUUUUUUGGUGCUGACAUGUCUUGAUGGCCAUAUACAACUUACAUUUGAGCCAGAAUUUACACGGCCGACAUAUUGGAUGAGCGGAAUGUUUUUGGAUUUUCUUUCCCCCCCCCCCCUUUUUUU